CUGACGCGCCACACAGAACGAGACCACAAACGAGAUUAUAAUUCACAAUUCCCCGUUCCAAUGCUACAAAAUUGUAAGAUGAAUAGAAUACAAAAAACUUCAAUUCGUAGUUUACUCGUAUCGAUCCGAUGUCAGGUCCGGUUCGAACUGAUCUGUUGGUUUCAUCAAAGAAAAUUGCGAAACUCACUUUUUUGCCACACUCUGUCAAUUURRUCGCAUAUCAUUAAUAACGAAAACAUUUAUGAAACCGAAACCAAAAAUGCCUUUUCACAGUGCAAAAAGUCAACCGGCAAGUGUGGAUCGGCCUAGGAAGCACCCUAAUCAUCGCUGCUUCAGCAUACCCUGUCUUUUCGAAAGACGUUCGACCAGGUCACGAAUUGUUUAGCUCAGAAAAACCAGAAGCUGUGUUGUUGGCACAGGAGGCAAGRCAAAAAGAGUACCGCAAACAACUCGAAAAGCGACGCGCCGAACUCAGGGCUGAGCAAGAAGCGUCAUCGAAAUAAAUAGUGUCAGCGGCAUUCAGCACAAAAUCAUAAAACUGUUUCAAUCUAAAGAAGGUGAGAGCGCCAGAAAAAAACUUGUCAAAUAUACGGAACGAACAAUAACCGAAGCAAGCAAAAUGGAGGCAGAUAUGCAGGCGGCAAUCGAGGCGUUCAUGCUCGGAAAAAGCAAGAGCAGUGCACCAACGUCACCGCAGAAAGAAAGUGACGAUAAUCAUCAGAACAGCAACGUCCGGAAGAAAUGCUACCGCUCGAUCCUCAGAGCAUUUCAGGGGAGAGUYGAAGAAUGGAACGACGCAAAUAAACAGCUGAAAGGUGUGUUGGGGUCGAUCGCCAACCUUCGUGAUCGUGUGUACUGGGAGAGUAGUCGGUUGAAGGCGUUCUCAGUUGGGAUGGAAGGAAAAGAUAUGGGAUUGAAUAAGCGACACGUGAAACAAAAACACCGGCAGCCGCCGUGGAGAAGUAGUGGAUAUAGAAACACGUUGUUCAUGCACRGAGGCAGUUGUGCUUUGUUGAAGGAGGAGGAUAUCCAAUUAGCACUGAAUCAUGAUCUUCUCCAGCACGAGCGAAUGCUGUCAGCAUUAAGAAGUACUAUGGCAUCAAUGGCAAAAACUGUAGAUGACAUUGGACGACGCUUAGAUGAAUGGAUGAUUCAUAACUUGAAUAAUGAGAACGAUUGGAUGAUUGAGGACAAGAAAACAGUUGCAGCUCGGCUGCAAGAAACUGAGGCACUAGAACUUGCGCAAGAAGUCUUUUCUCUAMUGGCAUCUGAUCUAUACUCCAAGCAAAWGAUGGCUAUGAAGGUCUUUGAUUCCUGCCAUGACGGUGUACUGGAAGUUGUGGACGUCCAUACUACCAGCACAGGUCUAUCGAAUGAUAAUACUUUGUGGAUGUCGGAUCCCCGGGCUGUKAUAAAAAGAGCAUCGAAAGAGUUUCCAAGUUCCGAUAGCAGCGAUCCAACCUUGGCUGCUGUCAAUCAAUUGAUGAACAUAGACUAAUUACUGUAGACUAUGAUUCCACGUGUGCGUCCCAGGGAUGAUUAACUUAUG